UCAACGAACUUUUCGUAGAAAGGGUCAACAAGUGGCAAGCAAAGUAGCAUUUUGUACUUUGAAACUAAGAUUUAUUAAUGGAAACGAUUGAAUUGUUAGUACUUUAUACUGUAUUCCGUGUUCUUACACGCGAGUGAUAUUUAGAAGUAGAGUCAUUUACCAUUGGGCUUGCUUUGAAAACAACCGAAGUACCUAUCUCGUGAGCUGUUGUUUAUUUUUCUUAGCUCAAAUUCCACACUCGUGUUUACUAGUGAUCUGCGUUGUUACUCGCUAUGGCUGGUAAAUUUUACUUCGUCGUGGCGUUAAUCUGUGUGGUGCCCAUAAUUUACGCCUGUAAUGAAGCUAUAUGUGCCAGUGUGGUGUCCAAGUGCAUGCUUACUCAGUCAUGUAAAUGUGAUUUGAAGGACUGUUCUUGUUGUAAAGACUGCUUCAACUGCCUCAGCUACCUUUACGACGAAUGCUGCAGUUGUGUGGACAUGUGUCCAAAACCCAAUGACACACAUACAGAGUUGUCAAAGUCCUCAUAUGUAGAAGAGUUAGUUGAUGGUGUUCCUGGUCUAUUCUCCGCUCUGACGAGUGAGGCUGAUCCACGAGAGAGAUGGCUGUCAAUUACAUACCCUGUUGAUUUCGACCUGUCCAAGUACAUGCCAGCAUCUGAAAAGCAAGUGGUGUAUCAUUUACAGAGUAUCGAACAGGAGGCGGAGCCAGUAAGCCGUGAUAUAAUAACCCUGAAUUGCACUGUUGCGUAUUUGUCGCAGUGCAUGUCGAGCGACAAAUGUCGCGCGUCUUGUCGCUCCAUGGGCGCCAAUAGUCUACGGUGGUUCCACGACGGAUGCUGCGAAUGCGUUGGCGAAAAAUGUUUAUACUAUGGGAUCAAUGAAAGCAGAUGCCUGGCCUGCCCGAGCGGCAAGGGUUCGCCCGUGAUCGUGGACGACGACCUGUCUUACGACGAGCUGGACUAUGGAGAGGAAGUGGACACGCAGUCAGUGUAGAUGUAACAUUAGAAUGUACAUACAGACAGAAUCAUAGAAAUGUGACGCUUCGAUUCAGGUAAUUUGUUUGACAAUGUUCUAGGUUGGUGGUAAAUUAUACACCAUAUUUCAGAUAUAGAUUAGUUGAUUUGAAUUUGUAGAACGUAUAUGAUAUUUAAUUAUUUGGAAAACUAGGACUUACGAUAAAAAAAUUGAUAAUAACAAGAUUAGGAACAUUAAACCGCGAACAAGUGUUUGUUAAUUGAGAAUUUUUAAAUUUCUGGCUCUCUGAUAACAUCUGAGAUUCUGUCCACUCAAUUCAACGUGAGAUUUUUCGAAAUGUGUGCUCCUUGUAUAAAUAUGUUGGUUUAUUCUAUAUCCAAUAUAUGUUAUAUAAUAUAUCCAAUAUAUGUUUAUACAAUUCCAGCAAGAAUUUCAAAAAAAUACUCAAUGGGCAAUUGUUUCCUUCAGUUUUAUUAUAUGAAUCUAGUUUUUGCGUGUCGCUAUCAUGUGGUGUAUUUAUUUAUUGCCGGUCACUUGUAGUUGAAAAAAUGCCUAUGUAGAGUUAGUUAUACGCUUUGCAAGACACACAGUCCAGUAUGUUUUUGCAUAUGUAUUACUUAUUGUGUAGUCGUUGGCAUCCCAGCAACAAUGGCAAAAAAGAAAAAUUGUUUUGUAAUCAAUUUAAUAAGAUAAUAAUACAAAGCGCUCCACAAGAGAUGAAACCUGACGUAACUAUGGUUUGCCUGCGCAGUAGACUAUUUUGCCCGCAACUUCGCCCGCGUUCACCCUUAGGGAUGAAAUUUUCAAAGGAGCUUCUAAACAUAAGGUAGACGUUACACGUCUUAGUCACAUUCUACCUACCUUCCUGCCAAAUUUCAUCUUAAUUGGCCUUAACAUUUUCUAACUCACUCUAACUAGUGAGUAAAUGUUUUUCACUUUUAUAUGUAUAUUGCUUUUGCGCACGCAAAAUAAUUUAAAAUUCUUCAAUUUUUACUGAGCAGGAGAGCGAAAUUCUCUACUCCCCAAACCAUAGGAAAUCAGGUCUCAUCUUUCGUGGCGCGUAAUAUACCUACUCAAAAUAGUCAAGUAUUUUGACUUUAUAACCCAUCGUUAUUAUAAUCAGAUUCUAAUAAACAAAUUUGUGCUCCUUUUCUAUGCAAAAUGAUACUGAUCAGUGUGUCCUUAGCCACAAAUUAAUAGCCAUAUUUUGUAUUUGUAGAUUAAAAUAGGUAGGUAUAUAGGUGUAGAUUAAGUAUUUGUAACAGUUAUCUAUUGUAUACUUCUAAAUAGUGUAGAUGAGAGAAUGUAUAAAUUUAUGCCGGCUAUACAUUGCCUCGAUACAGUUUGCCGAAGGCAGAUUUGGUAUAGUUUGAUGGAUUUUCAUUGCGGUAAAUAAAAUCUCUCAUACUAACUACGCAAUAUCGCGGUUCAGUUCGCCCAACAUGGCAGAUUCGGCAUACAUUGCUGAGUUUUCACUUCGGUAAAAAAUACACUCACACAAAUUACGCAAUGUGUGUAGCCGACAUAAAAUACGCCAUCAAUAUUAUAGCACUUCGUGUAGUUUCGGCCGCUCUUCAUUCUCCAAUAGAUGGCACUAGCUUAGUAUACUUCGGCUGUCUACUGAAGUGACACCCAGGUGAACAAAUAUUUUAAGAACGGCAAUGGUAAAAGUAACAGUAAUUACAAUUGAAAAUAAGAAUUAUUUCCAAAGCCGAAAUGACGAAUUAGCUUAAUUUUCAAAACCAUGUAUCAAAAGAUACAUGAAAAGAGUCACAAUGUUAAUUCAAUACAUACAGCAUUUAUAUGUAAAGAAAGACCCUUAAAUAAUCAAUUAAUAGAUCAACAAUUAAAAACUAUAGUGACUAUGAAGUUAUAAAUAACUCUGGAGAAAAUUCUGCUAACAAUUUUUAUACUGCGAGGGCGAGGCCUAUACAUAUAUUGGCAUAGCCUGUUAACUUACCAAGCAAUGCCUUGGCUUAGCUAAAGUAGGCUUCAAAGUAUACCUUGCUUGAUGAUAGAUAUAUGUAUACAUAUAUCUAUCAUAGGUAUAAUGUAAUAUAUAAUAUUUUCUCAAAAGUGUUUUCUUCAGUACUAUGUAUAGCUUCAUAUAGUUACGGGACAGUAAAUUUAACCAUAUCAGGUUUGGGAAAUAUUUUUUUAAGAUCUUUUUAUGUGGUUAAGUUUUUAACGUGUCAACUACAACAUCGUCAGAAAUAAAACGCUUUUAUUAUAUUAUUUUAUUAUAUUAUUUAAAAAAAGUUUGAUAAAUAUUAUUUAUCAUCGCUGUCUAAAUAUACAUCGAAUAGUUAAGUCACUGAUAGUUUUUUAUCUCUGAUACCCCCAUUAUAAAUUGGGUUAUUUUUAUUACGAAAUUAAUCUAUGUGUAAUCUGUCCGUCCUUACAAAUUGGUAUUAUGUUAUUGAGAUUAUAUUUCGCCUACAGUAGUUGUAAUCUAGUGUAUAUAUAUUUUUAAUUUAAAUUGUUUCACGAAAUCUCCACAGUGCCAAAAUAUAUUGAUAAAAAAUUAUGCCCGCCCAUGUUGUGCCUGUGUAGGUCCAAAGAUGUCAUUCUGAGGCAGGCGGGGGUAUAUCACGUCGCUGACCAUAGACGGUCAGCGACGUGAUAUAUAACUCCGCCUGUCAAACCACAAAUAUGUAUACUACGUUGUUUCUUAUGAGCCCAACAUGUAAACAAUCUUCACAGUAUUGUUGAAAUUUGUUGAAAAUAAAUCAAAAUAUAAGCUCAAACCUAUACAUUCAAGUUAUUUGCUAAAAGGUCCGUUUUAGUUCAUGUCGCUGUAAAAUCAUAAUAAAAUAAUAAAAACACAUGCUAAUAUUGUUUACUUAAAGGAUUUGUAAUAAAAACCGGUGUUAAAUACUCUUUAUUAUACUGGACCACAACCCUCAUCAGUGAGUUCAUUGAUCCCUAGGUGGAUAAAACACCAACGAGGCUAUAAUGAAAAUUGGGACCUAAAUGGUUCCCAUACCAUAGAACUAUUUCAUUAGACCUCAUUCCUACUAGCCACAGACCAUUUAGCUAAGGGGUCUGUGCUACUAGCGCUUGGUCAAUGCCUGAUGUUCUGUGGACGACGCCUAAGACAGCUAAUAAUGCUGCGUACACAACGAACCAACAAAUUUUUAGCAUACCGUGACGUAAAUACCCAUGACGGAAAAAGUAUAAGCUGAAUAAACUUCGUUGGCUAAGUGUGCACGUAGCGUUAUAAGUGUAACAGAGAAAAAUAUCACGGGUCGUUGACCGUUCGUCGCAUAACCUCUAAGGUCCAUUAUUACAGCAAAAUAAUCUAAAGCAUUUAAUAAUUUUAUAUAAAUUCUUUAAUUCGCACUAUCAUUAUUAUAAAUCAUUCGAUUAAAACAGUUUAGGCGGUAUAUUUUUUAAAUGAGCGAGAUAAAUGUGCUGUCUUACUCAUCAUAAAUUCGUCUGACUGAGAUAGAAUGAUUUGCGCAACAUUAUUUAAUGAAGGUCAUAUCUUAUCACAUGUCAACAAUGAGAAACACCAUGUUGUAAACUUUGUCAAUAUUUGAUUUCGCUAAUUCAAGAAAGAGAAAUGAGUAUUGGAAAUACAUAAGAUGAAAAGGGACAGGGCGUUAAUUCAAACUUUAGUUUUCUUUGUCUUUGCACUAUGUGCUACGCCAACAUGACCUACGCCUUUGUCAAGCAUUAAAUUUGUCAAAUUUAAUUGAAAUGUAUAUUAUAAGUUGUAUAUGUACACGACUUUUAUAUUAUUUUCAUAAAAUGUGCCUUAUUUAUUAAUUAUAAUAAGCUUUUUAUAACGCGUAGUCACAGAUCUGAGACGUAGUAGUUGUUAAGGAUAUUUUUGAUAUUGUUUACACUAUUGUAAUUUUUAUAAUGUAAUAAAUUGUAUCGUUGUACAA